AUGGUUUAUUAUCUAGUGUUAGCCGCGCGUAAACCUACUGGCGUAUGGCCAUUAUGUCCUGCGUCAGAUGCUUGGCGGUGGUCUCCGGGAUCGUCCUUUAGCAUGCGUGCUAAAGGCCUUGACUCCUGCAUGCUACUGUCCAGAUUGCGUUACGUAUACCUACUGGCAUAUGGCCAUUACGUCCUGUGUCAGAUGCUUGGGAACAGUCUCCGGGAUCGUCCUUUAGCAUGCGUGCUAAAGGCCUUGACUCCUGCAUGCUGUUUUCCAAUGCUUCAAGCAAUUGUGCACGAUUACCUCAACAGCGUGAAAUAUACGGAUUGGUCAAUCGUUUCAAUAUUGGAGAAUAUAGCAUCAGAGCAGAACCUGUAUGCUGAUAUGUUGGACGAUGUAAAAGGCGACAUAUAUGAUGUACUCCAUGGCUACCACCAUAGGCAAAACAUCAAUCGGAAUGCUAAGACAAGGGUGUCAAAAUUAUUAUCUACAUAUGAUACAAGUUUUAAGACUGCUGAAGUGUUGCGAUUCAAGGAUAAAUUGCGAUGGAAAGCGGAAGAGGAGGAACACAGGGCGGCGUUGAGAAUGAAGGCAGCCUCCACUUGUACAAUUGAAGAUUUAAAGGAGUUCCAUGCCAGCAAGAUCCUUAUCAAUCAAUUGAAAACAAACACGCAAGAUUGUAUUGAUCUCUGCACAGAAAGCUCGUCAUUACCACUCAUAAAAGAGAGAAGUGUGGGCAAAGAAGUUCAUGGAUUAGACUUAGAUGAUGAGGAGCGGUUUUAUAAAAAGCCUAGAAAUAAUGAAAUCGCGGAACAAUUCAAUGCUGAACCGACGGGCGUUGACGAUGGUGACCAAUUUGGUGAAUGGAUACUUUCAACUGGCAAGAACGUUUCUCGAAUUCUGAAGGAGUUCAGAACAAAAAUCCCAAAAACUAAGGCUUUUCUCUAUCCUACUUUUUUUGGUAUAUUAGAUCUGUCCGGCGAGGACACUGAAGUCAAGGAAUUGUUUACGGACGAGGAAUGGUGUGAGAUGAUAUCUGAUUUCAGUAAAACGGUAACGUUCCAUGACAUUAACGAGCAGGAGGAAAAGCUACUGUACAAUCUGCUCGACGACAUCGAAAAGGUCUUGGAAACGAAGCCAAAUGAUUUGGUUACCGAAAUCGAAAAAUGCAUAAUCGAGGGUUUUCCGAAGACUAACGUUAUACGACGACUUAUCCAAACAUAUGUGUAUAACCUAGAGAGACUGGGCAGCACAACCUCGGAGGCCGCCUUCUGCAACAAUUUCAUAAGCAUGAUGACGAAAGGUAUCCUGACUUAUCAGCAAAAGUUGGUAUAUGACGAAGGAGAAAUCCAAAGCCUCGCAUCGGCUCUGAUAGCGAGUUUAAGCAAGAAACCAACUGAUAGGUCUCUCAUCGGUCAAAAGUGUGACUUCAGAGUUACGGCUGAUGGGUUUGAGGCUAUUGUUGGACUUAGAUCAGGAGGUUUACCCGAAGUGUGCAAAGCAAAGAAAUGGGAUGAUAAGGUCGACCUGAUGGUCGCUAUGCGUGAUGUUAUGUUGAAAGAAGCGAUUGAAUGCAAUGGUGUCGAUUGUCAAGAUUUCAAGAGAAUCUAUACAUUAGGAGUCCAUUCGUAUGGCUUUUAUUACAAUGUCUAUGCAAUGGAUUGGAGGGCCAAAG